UGACCUUGCUACACGUCUAUCCUGCUGGGUAAUGUAGAGUAAAGAGGACUCAUGUAGCGUCGAUAAGAGUAGAGGCUGGAUGGACAGCCAUCUACUCGAGAGAUCCUGAAGUUCUACAGCUACAGAUAAAACUUUUUGAGCAUACAUACGUACGUAUCGUCGUUGCAUACAUGCACAAACUACUGUCUGUGUAUACAUGCUUAACGGGGUUCGAUCAAUGAGGCAAUAUACGGAGGUGGGUAUGGUGGAAAAGAUUGGCAUGGAAGAAGUGAAGUUACAAGCAUAGAGCAAACACAUCUAUCGUAUGCGGUGCACUGAAAUAGUGAUGCGGUAUCGAAUGCCGGACGAUGAUUAACGAUUGACAAAGGUGUUUGGCAUACCGGGAACGCGCCCGGGACUUGGUGACCACUGACCAGAAAGGAUAAAGGAUAUUACAGAAGUGGAAUUCAUGUGAUUCAUCCGUAUUUGCAAUGCUCGCCCUGGUUAUUCGUGUAAUUUUUGUAAUCGCCGACUUGACCAUUGUCUCAACUGUCUAUCAGGACUCGUCGUCGUCGUUGGUAGACACGAGUGUUCGAUCGAAUUCCGUAAUAAUUGGUAAAUGCUGUGAGCCCAAUGAAUUGAUGCUAGAUGGUAGAUGUACCCUAGCAAAGGAAGCGCAUCACGCAACCAAACUUUGGAAGCCAAAGUUCACCGACGAACAAGGCCACCCUCUGGCAGUGGAACCUGAGUUUGAAUUAAGAAUUGGUCUGCCACGAUGUAAAAACAAUGAGAAACAAUGGGACAUCUAUCAUGUUCCCGAUACCAGCAUAGACUUGCUCAUGAUACUACCCUCGGGGAAACUCCGCCAUUGCAUAGAGUGCGACGUCGUCGACUUGGAUAAAAUAGCAGAGGUCAAGGGUCAAGAUAAUGGGAACAACAGAAUCUACUACGACUAUGACUUUGGGACCUACUGUACGGAUGAGAUAAUAUUGAGUAAUGACGAGACACCAAAAUUCUAUGCACGUGUCUGUCUGCCGUCGAACCAACGUAUCAUGCAGCCGGAUUACAUGAUGAGGCGUGUAAUAGACCCUGCGUUUCGAGCAAUCUCUAUUGUCUGUUAUCUAAUUGUCGCUGUUGUUUACUUUGUGUUACCCCAACUACGCAACUUGAUUGGAAAUAUCAUAACAAGCAUGACCAUGUGUCUCAUAACCAGUCAGUGUGCAGAUAUGGUUAGAAUUUUCACUGAAUUUAGCAAUCACGUCAGCUUUCUUGUAGCAGAUGCCAUAACAUACAUAUCCCUGCUCUCUGCAUUUUUCUGGCUCAACAUUCUAGGAUACUACAUUUGGAAGACCUUCAGAUCACGCAAUGUUUUUUUGCGGGUGACCGAUGGUAGAAAAUAUUGCUAUUACUCCAUUUACGUGUGGUGCUCAACUGCGGGUAUGGGGGCUAUGGCUAUAUUUGCCCACUUUGUAUUGGAUACAAACAAGCCUACCAUUGACAACGUACCCUAUGUUCCCCAAGAGACAAUAGGAUGGCUGGGCGUUGCUGUGUUCUUUACGCCUGUUGCAUUUACCAUCCUUUUGAAUUUAUGGUUUGUUAUAACAACUAUGAAGUCUAUUAAGCGAUUGAAUACAUAUGGCAGGAUUCACCAUAAAAUGAAAUAUAGUUUCAGAAUGUUUGUAUUUUUAUUCAUCAUUAUGGCAGUAUCUUGGUUUUUUACUCUGCUCUCCUGGAUGAGAUAUGAACUCAUUUAUUGCUACAUCGUAGUUAAUUUAUUACAAGCAGUUCUAAUUCUUUAUGUAUGCGUGUUCGGUCAAAGGCGAGUCACUUUUUUAUUGAGAAAAACGUGCAACUGUUGCAGCCCGAAUGAGACUAGCCAGGGUCUCGAUUGGGGGGAAGAAAUGACAGCCAUCAAUGUGGGUUAAAGGUAUCAGAGGUAACGGAUCUCAUUAAAAUAUUGUUUAAAUAACCUACAUUCCACCACGGAACCCUCUUGUGAACAAAACACGAAAAAGACACGCAACAUCGAUACCUAUAUCACAAACGAUCCUAUCAUUGACAAUUGGGAAGGAAUAUUUUCCAUGCAUUUAAAAAAAGACGUAUGUUUUGUAAACUACAGUAUUCAUUUUACAUUUAAGUCUAGGAAUAAGUCCAAUUGGAUUGUGAAUGAAUUUUUUUUAUAAUCAUACCGCAGUGACGUACUUACUAUUUUAUUUUUUCUAUUCCUAAUUUCAACAAUAGGAAACGGAUGUAAUAGAAUCCAAAUGCUCCUGACAUUCAACGAGAUCAGUUGACUGAGAUAUUUUAUCAUAUUUUGCCAAACACCCCAUAUUUUUCAAAGUUGAUAAAACUUGUCAUGUAGCAUGAGGCUUGACUAGACCAAAAGUAACUGUGUACCGUCCACAGUGCCUUCAUUUUCAGAGUAGUUGAGAAAAUUUACAAUCUCGAAUUUUUAUACACAUUCGAAUCUAUCGAUUAAUAUGAAUAAAGGUUUCUCAUAACAAUUA